UUGUAGCUAACGUUUUCACACACAGACACGGAGGGAGAGAGAGAGAGAGAGAGCGAGCGCGAUUCUUGCGAACCCGCAUCUUCCACCGAGGCUCCGGAUCGACCGGACCUGUACAUCUGCGGGAGCGGUUCACUCGAGAUCCAUCGGCUGUUAAAGAUCCUCAGCACAGACGAACCCAAACAGAAAUCCUAAGAAAUGGACCAAGGUAAUCAGACACAAGAAAACAACCCAUAUCAAGCAGCAGAAGCUUUAACAAAUACAGCGGCUGAAGCCUCAGAUCCCACUACUGGCCAGCCUCCAGCUCCUGUCAGGCCUCGACGGCCCCAGCGAAGCUCCAGAGUAGAGGGCUCUGUGGACAUCUCCGAACCUAAAACAGAGCCCAAAGCUGAACCCACUCCAGUGGCUAACCAGGAUGAGAGCGCUCCGGAUGGCACUGUGGCGAGUUGUCCCAAGCCCUCCCGCCCUGCAGCAGUCCAACCCUUAGGAGAGCACACCGGGCCCAGUGUUAAGGCUGGUCCUAAAGGUCCAGGACACCACCCGGUUAGGGCUGCCUCCGUCCCCCACCCACCUGCUAGCAGGCCUGUACCUCCUCACCUGAACCCUCAUGCACAGAGAGCCCUCUCUGUAGCAGGUACAGCUGACACUCAGGCCCAGACUGGGGAAGACUUCAGGGUGCACAUCAUCACUUGGAACGUGGGUUCGGCCACGCCACCUGACGACAUCACUUACUUGCUGGGGCUGAAUGUGGGUGAUGGAAACACAGACUUGUACAUUAUCGGGCUGCAGGAAGUGAACUCUAUGAUUAACAAAAGGCUGAAAGAUGUCCUCUUCACAGACCAGUGGAGCGAGGUCUGCAUGGAGAGACUCAGCCCCUUUGGUUAUGUGCUGGUGACCUCCCAGCGGAUGCAAGGAUUGUUACUGUUGGUCUUUGCCAAGUACUUCCAUCUGCCCUUCCUCCGCGGAGUCCAGACUGAGACCACCCGCACUGGCCUGGGGGGUUACUGGGGGAAUAAAGGUGGAGUGAGUGCCCGCAUGUCUGUGUUCGGUCACACCAUCUGCUUCCUCAACUGCCACCUGCCGGCUCACAUGGAAAACUCAGAGCAGCGCAUGGAGGACUUUGAGAGCAUCCUGCAGCAGCAGCAGUUUGAGGGUCAGGCUGCCACCGGGGUUCUUGACCACGAUGUGGUGUUCUGGUUUGGGGAUCUCAAUUUCCGCAUUGAUGACCUGGAUAUGCAAGUGGUAAAAUCAGCCAUUGAUAACAACAAGUUUUCUAUGCUGUGGGAAAAGGAUCAGCUGAACAUGGCCAAAGACAGCGAGACAGUGUUGGAGGGAUUCCAAGAGGGACCGCUGAAAUUCCCUCCUACAUACAAGUUUGAUGUUGGAACAAAUACAUAUGACACAAGUGGGAAGAAGCGUAAACCGGCCUGGACCGAUCGGAUUCUGUGGCGCCUGAGAGCCACCGCACCUGCCGGCGCCGCUCUCAGCGCAGGGAAGCGUGGCUCCAUUUCAGGGUUGACCAGCGGGACCAAAGUGAUGCAGCACUGCUACCGAAGUCACAUGGAAUACACCGUCAGUGACCACAAACCAGUCUCCUCCAUCUUUACUCUGCAGUUCCCAUACAAGGUGGAUAUUCCCCUGGUCACACUCAUAGUGGAGGAUGAGUGGAAUAGCACUGCUGAUGCCACAGCAAAAUUCAAAAUUGCGCCCAACUACUCACGCAGCUCCUGGGACUGGAUCGGACUGUACAAGGUGGGUUUCAAACACCACAAGGACUAUGUGGGAUAUGUGUGGGCCAAGCAAGAGGAAGCUGAUUUUCAUCGACAAGAAUAUCAGGUAACCUUUACUGAGGAGGAAUUGCCCAAAGGCUCAGGGGACUUUAUCUUGGGUUACUAUAGCAACAACAUGAGCACCAUAGUGGGUGUAACAGAGCCAUUUCAGAUCCAGCUUCCUACUUCAGGCCUUGACACCAGUUCUUCAGACAGCUCUGACCUCAGCUCAGAAGAUGACAGCACUGUUGUCCUCAUGAAGACGAGGUCCCGCAGUCCCAGUCCACACAAGGGCAAGCAUCGCAGGCAUCGCAGCGGCAGCCACGGCCACGGCCACAGCCGCUCUGGCAGUCCUGCACAGGCCAAAGUGAAAGGGCUCAACAUCACUGAUGGUGCUCAAUCCAGGACCACAGUUGAAAGCAAGUCCACAGGACGCCCAGCAGAGGGCAGCAGCAGCCUGGCAUCUGCUCCUGGGGAGAUAGACAAAACCUCAGAGGAUUCAGGAGUGUGAUCCACUACCAAGUCGUGCUGUUGUCACAGGUCACAUAGCCAACUGUUGUGUAUUUUAUUUGAUACAUCUACUACACUGUAUGUUUUCUGAAAUGAAACUGUGCAGUUUCUGAUGCCAUCCUUUUCAGGUAAAGCCAUCUGGCUUGUCCAGAAGGCUCACUUUGCCUUGAGUUGUUUUAUUAAGCUGUGCACAUUGUAUAUUUCGUUAUUUGUAAACCUUUCACUCUGUCCUGUGUUACUCCUAUCUUUGUCCGUUCUCAGGUGUGGACAGUACAGGGAGCUGACACCUUGCAUUAGGAAAUACUCAAGGAUUUAUUCUCAUGUAGAGUAAAAGAGUGGUUACUUGAUACUUUUUAGAAACCAUCUUCCCUAUAUUCCAACAAUGGUUUGAAAUUCUGCUCUUACCUAGCAGUCAUGUCAGCAGACUGCAUACAAUCGCAAGAAAAGGCAUUGCUCACAAAUCACCAAGUUUGCUUUAGUUGUAGAACAUGAAUUUUUUUAUGAAACCAAUCCGCCUAGACCAAAAGGAACAUAGAGAGAUAGUGAAAAAAAAUGCUUUUAAUUCCAAAACAUCUUAUGAAAGCAUCACCAGCUCUGUCAACAAUCACUCACAUUAUUAGUUUCUGUAAAUCUGCAAAUGGACAUAGCCAUGCAGUUUGACUUGGUGGUAUGGUUCUGCUCUUUUAUAUAUUCCCUGCUUUAGAAAUUCAGCGUUAUAUAUAACAUGCAGGGAACAUUUCAAAUUGAUCGACCAAUGGGAUUGAAGUCACUCUGGGGUGUAUAAAAACAGAGCAGAGCCAGCAUUGGUGAAGACUGGGGUUCAGGGGGCACGGCCACCAGCCACGGCAGCAGCACAGCACACGUCAGUUUGGAGAGUGAAUGUGAGCGUAAAGGCCCUUAAAUAGACCGCCAAAUCAGUGCAGUGGGAUGUGAUGGGUGUGGAAGGCUCGCUGUCAGCUGACACAGCAUAGCUGUCUUGCCAGAACCGGUUGAUUAAUCGUUGGCCACUAACUCUGCUGGGAAAAACUUCAGUGGUCACUACAGCAAUAUCUGACCCAAUGCAUAUUACUUUGACACAUAUACCUUUAUGUGAGUUAAUGGGCCUUUUCUAACGCUUACUUUUCACAGAGGCAAAGAGGCUAAGUAACUUUUAAAACUAAUUGACCUACAACACAAAAAUCACAUAUUUGUUUCCAUUCCACUUUUCCUAGGCAUUAAAAUUUUGAUUUUUUUUUUUUUUUAAUUUUUUGCAUGUUUUCAACAUGGAAGAAAGCAAGACUUGGUUUUUCACUCUGGAUAUUUUUAACAAAUAUGAGCACAAACUACAGGGCUUUGUGUUAUACUGUAAGUAGUAUGAUACAAACCUGACAUGUUCACUAUUGUGAUAUUUCGAAUACAUGAAAUGGUCCUAUCUAAUACUAAUACUUUUUGUAUGAUUUUGACUUUUCAGUUCACUUUUUUUGUUGUUGUUCUCUCUUGUUCAGAUCCUCUCUCAUGGAUCCUGGUGAUUAGCUGACAUUGACAAUAGUUACAAUAGUUGUGUUGCAUUGUUACCGUGUGACCUCUGAUGCACCAUCUUAGACACUUUGUACUUUUGCGCUGUUAGCGUAGGGCAGUGUAAACUGUUGUAGCUGUACCCUCAGUGUGUAUGUCUGUAAUCAGUUUUUGUGUGUAUGUGUUUUUAUGGACGUGUGUGUGUGUGUGUUUUGAAUGCUGUAGGUGUGUGUGAGUGUAGCUAGCUGUGGCAGUGAAUGGGGUGUGACUGUGUUUGCAUGGUUUGCUGCUGGACAUACUGUACAUUCCGGUACUGUGACUUUUGUGCCGUAAAGUGCUGUUUUUGAAUUCUCUUUGUUAUAAUCUUGGCUGUGAAAAUUGUUAGAAAAACGUGGUAAGGACAAUAUAAAAAAUUAACUUCAAUGUAAAUGUUAGGUGAAGAAAAUGCAGGAUAGUUAUGCUUGCAUAAACCUGAAAAUGUUUGAAUCAUUACAUAGUGCAUUCAUGUAUUUUCUCAAUUUUGAAAUGGAAAAUGUACUGGAUCUCUGUUUAGAGUAACAUGUUUAAAAAAAAGAUUAAGAUUGUAUGAACCUUGUCCUACUUUAGGUAAUUUAGAUAAGUAUGAUCAGUACUGCAGUCCUAAUCAGUGACUAUCUAUUGUGAAAUGUUUAUGAAAAAAUAGCUCUAUCUACAGAAUGUUAUUGUUUUGUAAUUAUGUGGCUAAAAUAGAGGAAUAUGUAUGUAAAGGACAAAUAUGAAGUAUGGUAGAAAACAUAAAAUAGGAGACAAUCUUUGCCACAAAAUUUAUUUAACUUAAAUUAUGAAUUUAUUUUCUUAUUUAACUGUUAAAUGAGCCUGAAUUCUGCUGGCCAGUGAGGGAGCAUUAUUUCAGUGGAAAUGUAAAAAGGAUAUUACAAAAUAUUAAUAAUUAUUUUCUUUUUGUAUUUGGAAGUAUGAAGAGAGAGUCUGGUUUCUCAAGUUUCCAUUUUAGUAAAUUCAGAUAAAAUGUUGCUUUCAUUGUCUGAGGUAUAGAUUGUUCGGUCUACAGGUGUUUGCAUAAUUGUGAAUGAAAUUGACAAAAAAAAGAGCAAGCCUGUAAGAAAUUGAUUGUUGGCAUAUGACGAUGGUUUAUCUCUGUGAAAUCAUCUGAUCAGUGAGGUGAGAAGUUUUCUUAAGGGUUGCUUGAUUCGUUCUUCAACCCCAAAACUAGUGCAACACUGUCCAAAGAAAUAAUAUACCCCCAUUCAAA